ACUACAGGAAGCUGUGCUUUUAGUAUGUAGAUUAAGAAGCAGAUGAAGGAAAGCAACAAUUUAUUCACUGUGUAUUUUGAGAAAAGGCCAUUGACAACCCCUGCACAGCAUUUUGCAAACAUUUUAGGAUCAAUUACAACCUUGAUGAUUUGACUUGAUUUGUAACAUGUGCAUUGUGACGAGGACACUGAUGCUACUCUUUCUGGCUGGUGUUGUCUGCAAUACAUGGAACGUGGUAUACCAACCGCAACAUAUCUGUGCAGUGAAAGGCUCUUCUGCUGUCAUUCCUUGUUCGUUCUACUAUCCUGAUAACCUGAGAGUGAAAAACGUCAUGUGGGGUCAAGUUAAGUCUCAUCCUUUCAGGACUCUCUUCAUUUCUGACAAGAACUUAAAAAAAGUCACUACAAGAUUCCAGUACAUUGGUGACAAACAUCACAAUUGUUCUUUAAAAAUACACCAAGUGGAGCAUAAUGAUACAGGAAAACACGUCUUCAGAUUUAAAACCAACGACAAAAGCGGCAAGUGGACUGGUAAAGAUGGCUCAACAUUAAAGGUUGUUGAUUUGAGCAUUUCGGUGACAAAGCCUAAUGGAAACAGAACAGCAAAGGAGGGCGACUCUGUGAAUCUGACCUGCAGAAACGGCUGUGAUGGCGGGAACCUUUUAUCUACUUUCACCUGGUUUAAGAAUGGAGAACCCAUAACUGAGGGACCUACACUUUAUUUAAGCAACAUGUCCUCCACAAACUCUGGAAACUACACUUGUUCUCUGAAAAGACACACAGCAGCAUCUUCAGGAGUCAUACACAUUGAUGUUGAAUAUAGCCCCAAGAACACAUCAGUGUCUGUCAGACCAUCGAUGGAGGCAGACGCCGGCAGCAACAUAACCCUGACCUGCAGCAGCCGUGCUAACCCCCCAGUGGAGAAUUAUACCUGGGUUAAAAUAGAUGACGGCGAUAUAAUGGAUGUUGGAAAAGGGCCUGUGUUCAUCCCUGGUGAUGGUGGCCAGUAUUUAUGCAGUGCCAGCAACAAACAUGGAAGCCAAAACUCUUCUGUUGUUACUUUAAAAAUCAAACCAUACUGGGCAACGUGUUCCAGAGAUGUACUAAUCAUCGCUACUGUUGCUGCGGUCCUGAUUGGGAUUACCGUUACUGCCGUCAGAAGACUCCACAAAAAAAAGACGUGGGUACCAGAGACAGAGGAGGACAUGCAGAAUACAGACUAUGUCAACUGGCUGCCCUGUGACAGCCAAUCACAAGUGGGCGAUCAGUAUGAGGAAGCAGCCACAGAAGUCGUCUAUGCAACUGUACACUUCACCAGCAAAAGACAGUCAAACAUGCAGCAGCAGACGGACUCCCAUAAUAAUGAAGAUGUGGUUUACAUCACAGCGUGCAGGCACCAACUAUCAAACCCUUUAUAGAUCAAGCCUCCCCAAUUUGAAAUUAAACCCUCGUCGUUUUGCAGUAAUACGUGGGUUUUGAGGGUAUUUGGUUUCUCAUGUUUUUCUUACUUAUUACAAAUCUGUAAGAUGUGCUGCACAUGCAUUGCCGUAAAGAUAAAUAUUAUAAACCAGAUGAGAAAAAAAACGUGACGAGGCAUCUUCAUGAAGGUACAAUUUAGUGUGUAAAUUAGUUUUUGUUUUAAGACAUGUUCUUGUAUUUCUUUCACCUUUCCUCUGUGUCAAAUGUGUUUGGAUCGUGUGUAUGCACACACUGCCUUUUAAGUUGCUUUCUGAUGCUCAGUGUUUCUAUAAAUCACUUUAACUCCUGUUUUGUGCUUUUGGCACUGUAAAAGUUCAUUUACUUCCUGUAGUCUUUAGUUCCAGAGCAUCUCAGGAGUUGUAAACCUGCACUACUGACAUG